UUGUAUUGCCAUUGAACACGGUCAAGAUAGAAAGAAUCAACAUGUGCUUGCCUUUUGUGACAUUUGUGUUAGCAACUGUUAUGCUGGUUGUGCACAGCCAUGGAUGUAAGGACUAUGACCUGUCGGCUUCAGAUCAGUCACUGAUAGAUAUGAUGAAACAUUACCUUCAUACGUCAAGGACAGACGAAUGUCCACCUCAAAGCAAAAUAUCCAAUUCAGGAGUGACCUUUACACGUUGGGGAAAGAACAGUUGUCCAAAGGGAGCUGACAUGGUGUAUACCGGGCAAGUCGGCGGAAAUCAAUAUGAUCAUAGAGGAGGUGGUGUGAACUAUUUAUGUCUCCCUGGUGAUCCAGAGAAUGGACAACAUCAAUCAUAUAGCAAUGAUCAGGUACAUGGAGGUGAAUAUGAACUUAGUUCAUCAAUGAAACCAUCAGGAUGGUCAGAAAGUAUGCACAACAAGGAAGUGCCAUGUUCUGUAUGUUAUCAAAAACGCAGAUCAGCUGUCGUGAUGAUACCAGGUCGAAAGACUUGCUAUAAAGGAUGGAACUCAGAAUACAAUGGUUACCUCAUGAGUGCUCAUAAAGGACAUUUCAAAAGAGACUACGCCUGUGUUGACAAAAAUGCAGAACCAUUGGAUAAAAAGAAUGGUGAUGAAAACGGAGCUUUGUUUUAUCCUCUCCGAACCAAAUGUGGAAGUUUGAGAUGUCCUCCGUAUACCAAUGAAGCAGAUGUUCUUUGUGUCGUUUGUUCCAAGUAAAAAAAAAAAAAAUAUACGAAACGAAAUUUUGUUUCUCCUGUCUAAA